GCCCUCAGACACGGGCGUUCGUGAUGCUGAUGACGCGGCGGUGUACCGCUUUUCUAUCCGACAAGGCACGCCAAGUUCUGUUCCGAUAGUCGCGCGAACCGGACGUCACUCAACGGUGUGCUUUCGGUCGGUUGCUGCGAGCUCGUGACGUCCGCGGUGUACGCACGUGUUGCUGAGCGUUUUUUAACCAAGUGGGUACAAUCGAGCGCGUUUGGACAUUAAGUGAUCAUUGUGUCGGUGGAUCUCAGUGGAAUAGAAAUCAAAGAAGCAGAUAUCUAGUGUGUUGUUGUGAUACGACGGUGCAUUCAAAGUAAAGGCAAGUGAGUUAAGUUGACUGGUGGUGCAUCCCACAUUCAAAGUGGGAACAAAGAAUUCGCCAGUGAGCAGAUAUUUGCACGUGAGAGUACGUGAGCCCCAGCCGCAAGAUAGUUGCCAACAGUCAGCAGUUAUAUAUGAUGACGAUGGACGUCACAAAGCCGGAACCUCCCUCGGCGACGGCUGGUAUGGGCGGUGGUAAUACGGGCACCAUGUCCCUCGGUGGUAUGAUCCCUACCAAUUCUCAACAACAGCAACAGGCCCAGCAGCAGCAGCAGCAGCAGCAACAACAGCAACCGAACACACUCAACAACCAAUCCGUUGCUGGCGGUGGACCGGCAGGUGGUGGUGGUGGUGGUGGUGGUGGAGGACCACCCCAUCAGCAACAGCAGCUAUGUGCUGGGUGUGGCAAACACAUCCAGGAUCGCUUCCUGCUCCGGGCACUCGAUCUGCUGUGGCACGAAGAUUGUCUAAAGUGUGGCUGUUGUGACUGUCGGUUGGGCGAGGUUGGUUCCACGCUAUACACCAAGGGCAAUCUGAUGCUGUGCAAGCGGGACUAUUUACGGCUGUUCGGUAAUACGGGGUUCUGUGCGGCAUGCAACAAGGUAAUUCCGGCGUUCGAGAUGGUGAUGCGCGCCCGCAACAAUGUCUACCAUCUGGAGUGUUUCGCCUGCCAGCAGUGCAAUCAUCGGUUCUGCGUUGGCGAUAAAUUCUAUCUGUGCGAGAAUAAGAUUCUGUGCGAGUACGACUACGAGGAGCGGCUCGUGUUCGCGUCGAUGGCGAACCACCCGAUGCUGAAGCGUCAGAUCUCGCAGGGCGGUGGACCUGUGAUGCAAAACGGGCAUGGUGGCGGUGGCGGUGUGAACGGUGGACCCCAGAUGCAGGCGGGUCAAGGUCAGGGCAUGGGUGGUAUCCCUUCGCCCCAGCAGAACGGUGGUGCCAACGGGGCCAACCUGAUGGGGCUCGUCGGCCAACGGAAUACGGGCACUGGAGGAGCGGUCGGCGGCGGCGGCGGCGGCGGAGGAGGCGGAGAAACCAAAGGAUGGUAUUUUAUAUUCACCAAAUCGCAACACAUUUGGGAAGCAUACGAUUAAAAAAUUGGGAUCCCAGCAAAAUGUACAGUACUGAGUUGCUUGCUGCGAAGCAUACUGAUCGUACAUUUGAGCACAGAAGAGGCAAACAAAAAACAACUAAAACCAUAAGACUCUGUUUGUUGGAAUAGAGAAAAAAAAUUAGGUGGAGAUAAGAGAAAAAAGAAGGAAAACUGAGGAAAAGGACAACCAAAAUAUGGAACUCGUAAAACAGAAACAAACACGAAGAACAAUACCACAAAACAACUAAAAAUUUAAUGGCCCAUGUUUAAUCAAAUAGUCGAUAUUUAAGUAAAAAAAAAGCAGAAGUCCGAACGAAGUAACAAAAACUCGCAAACGAUUUAAAAACCCGUAAAUGGAUAGGCAAAAAGGCAAAGAAUAAGCAAAAAUCUUGUAAAAAAACCUUAUAAGAUGAGAAACCAUAACCAGUAAUCAGGAAAAAGGAAGAAACGAAAGGAAAAGAGAAAGAACAGUGAGGAAAUAUUACCAUAAAGUAAGCGCGCGAAGAAGUAAGAUGGAACAACUAAAUAAAGACGGCAAAGAUAGGAAUGGAUUGUGAAUGUAAAACAAACAAAAAAAAUUAGGCAAUUUAUUAUGGAACUAUGUAUAUUACACAAAAACAAAAGUAUAUAUUAUAUAUAUUAUAAAAUCGUGAUACUAUUAAACUGCAUAAAAAGCUAUACUGAUAUUG